AUGUAUAAAUUAAGGCCCGAAGGCCUGUUUUCCACAGAGUUGAAGAGGACUAGUGACAAGACUAAGGUUGCCAACUCCUAUCACAAAAUGAGAACUAUAAUUCCCCUCUUGGUGCUGCUGGUCGCAGUGUUCCAGACAUUCGGUGGAACAACGCCUGGUGGUCCGACAACCCCUCCACCGGAUAGUAAUCCAACAAGCCCACCGUCAGGAGGUGGUUUGACAAGCGCUCCAAAGGGCACUGCCAGCGCUGUGACGUCAUCGACCUUCGGGAUAGUUUUCUCCGUUGUGGGCGUGGCCACCGUUAGACAAGUGCUCUAGACCGUCCUGCUGACCAACGUCAACUGUCCAAGGAGAAUACUUAUCACAGAAUAAUAAAGUAUCGGACAAGAAUGCAUUUCAUAUCCACACUGAAAGUUCUAAAUGACUUCACCAGCUUGUGUUUCUUCUUUACUCUGUCUGAUCCCAACUCUUAGAAAUUUAACUGUUCGAAAGUUUUUAUUUCGUUGAAAUAUUGAAUUUAGUUUUGGUAAUAUAGGUAUUUUCCUUGUGACAUAAACCCUGGCAAAUUGACGUCAAACUGUCUCCUUUUUCUACCUAUUGCCAUACCUUCCUAUUCUAAAUUGUACAUGAUUAAGAAUUCCAACGAAGCCAUUGCUACUUGUCUCCCCACUAAGACAAACUACCACGUGUUUUGUACAGUGAGUUUAUGAGUAGCCGUUCUGUGGCAAUGACCUGGGUUCGCGUGAUCACAUGUUGUAAUGUAGGGACUGACAGAUUGUAGUUUAUGAUUCAACCGUUGUAUCCGAAAUGAUUUUGCAAUAAAACAGUUUCCGAUCUGUAAUAUAUUAAAAAAAUGU